AGCAUAAAAUAAUUAUAAAUCAUUGCAACAAUCUAUAAGGUUGUAAUAUUUGUGGUAUUGUUUUCUUCAUAAUAUUAUAUCGAUAUUAUAAUAUCCUGUAAAUGGAGCACAAAGUUGCCCUGGUGACGGGAGGAGCGCGUGGGCUGGGCAGAGCCAUCGCAGAGCGUCUCCUCGAUAACGGACUCAAGGUUUGCAUUGCGGACAUCAUGGAGGAAACCGGCCGCGCCGCUGCGCAGGAGCUUGCAACGAAGUACGGCGAAGAGAGGGUGGCUUUUGAGUGCUGCGAUACAUCGGUUGAGCAGCAGUUCAGUGACGCUUGGACGCGCUGUGAGGAGCAGCUGGGCAAGCUGGACCUCCUCGGAGGUUACAUCACAGGGAGUUUGUUGGCGUUCGAGCGCAUGCGUUCGGUGGGUGACGACGCGCCUGGCGUCGGUGGUACUGUCAUUAAUGUCGCCAGCAUCGCGGCCAUCAAGACGCUGCCCUUUGGCCCCAUCUACUCGGCCACAAAGAGCGGCGUGGUCGGCCUCAGCAGGGCACUGGGGCACCCACUGCACCACAGCCUGACGGGAGUCAAGGUGCUGUGUCUGUGUCCGUCGCUGAUCAGCGGCACGCCCUUCCUUCAGUGCGCCAUGGAGAAGGCCUUCUCCCCAGCCGUGGCUAAGGCGCUUCAGGCCGCCGGCGGUAAAAUAAAGCCCUUGACAGUGCCGGAGGUUGUGGAGGCGUUCAGCAAGCUGCUGGAGGAAGAAGUGAACGGCUCUGUCCUGGUCGUAGAGGCCGGCAAGGAGCCCUACUACAGCCUUCCAGAAAUUCCAUCGUAAAAUUCUUUCUUUGGAACUUGUUCGAUCAUUCCGGAGUCUCGUUAAUAAGUUGGAGCAUGACAUUGAUGCGUUACAGUGUAUAGAUAUUCAUGUACCGGCACAUAUGGAACGUCGUCCCAUGUCAUGUGUUUCACUUUCCAUGGAUAUUAUCACAAAGCAAUUUUAUCCGGUUUUUACUUUUUAUAGUUUAUGCUUCAAUCGUCGAAAAUUUAACAAGGGUGGUUAGUAAUAUCGAAAUUUUUAACUAGACUUGAAUGAGAUAUUUCUUAUCAUUUCAUUUUUAACUUCUGUUGUUGUUUUUGCAUGAGGUUCAACCAUAGUUACAUUUGUAGCAUGGCUUAGGUUUUAAAUUUUUCGGAAUUAUUCCUAUUUUCUUGUAUUGACUUCACGGCUUAUGCAUUUGAUUGUUUCCUUUUUUUUUUUUUUUUUUUUUUUGUUCUUGUGUUGGAUUCUUCUAAUCUUCUUCAACAAGUUAAUGCACAGUGGCAUCUCGAAAUUCGUUUAAGAAAUGUUAUUAGUUAGAGAAAUAAUUGUGCUUACUAACACUCUCUGCUACUAAACUCUUUGGUCAAUUAGGCAGCUAUUUAGUUGUAUCGAGUGAACGCGUAUUGUAUUGAGUGUACACGUAACUUUGUAUUGUGAUGUUUGGUUCACAGAUUUAGGAAACAUGUACAACAUAAAGCGAUGAUAGCAGAGUGGUCGAGUGGCAAAAGUUCAGAGAACCAAAUUGGAUCUUCGAGUUGUGGGUUCGAUACCUAUAGCAACUGUGCAAAGUACUACUGGUCGAAACCGGCGAGGUGGCGGGUCGGCGAAGCACAGGAUAUGUGAGCAAUGUGUUGCGUGUUCGAGAACCGCAACAAGCUGUGAAACUGCUACGGUGGUCAGAAUCGGCGAUACGCCUAAUUUACAACAUUUUUUACGCUGACGCCUGUACUUUUAUUACGACUUGUUUCUAUCACGUAUCAAGCAUGCGAAAUAUGCGUGUUCGCGCAGAUGAGUUUUUGCAGGAUAAAAUGGCAUGUCCGGAUAAACGCCUCGGUUAGAUAAACCUUAUCUGUGUACCAUCAAACUUUUACGUUUUAUCUGACUAAAGAAAAUAAUUGUCAUCAAAAUUAAACCCCCACAACAUUUCUUACAUAUGGAUUGCACAUUUCUAGGGCUUCCCUUUAUUGAAGUGCCGUUAAUAUUAUAGAUUACUCACUUAUAAAUAAUUAACCAAAGUUUCGAAAACGACGGUAAUAACUUUGAACAAGGUGUGUUUGCAGAACCAUGUGCAGCUAAUAUAAUCUUUAGGUUAUAUUUCAUCUGAGACCAUCAAUGUUAAGUUUUCAUUUUUUAUAUACAAGUCAUUUUGGGUGACCAAGCCGCUGCCUCACCCUGAGUUCGGUUGGGAAUAUUGACAUUCCUGCGAUAUUUCUGCGGGAAUAUUCUAUGUAAUGACUCAUCGUUGAACUGAUGCACAAUAAUAAAAAUUAAUUAAUACAAAAUAUUUAAUUGUGUUGAUAACUGCAGUGCUGACAUAUGGAUAUUAUUCGAUUGUUUUAUAUUCAUGAAGCCAGCAUGAAUGUUUCAUAUUCACAACGAUGUAUUUUAAUGGUAGUUUUGAAGAUUAUUUUCAUCAUUACAAUAGUACAUGUAUUUUACUAGUAACGGUUCUUCCUUUAACUUCGUUGACGUGUUUCAUGCGUUUCCAUGACAAUAUAUUUUUGUACGCAUUAUGAAAUUGAAAUUCUAUUUGAAUUACGUUAUUGUAGUGGGUUAUUAACUAAUCUACAAAUUCCCAUCAACAUGAAAUUGAAACCGAUAGAAAGUAUUUAUAGGAACGAGCCGACAAAUGCCAACGAUAAUAUGUUUGUCAUGUAGUCCAAUGGAAUUCAUUUAUGAUAAGACACCUACAUGUCUCUCUUAACCUACACUAUGGAUUAUAUUACGCUUCUUUUCCAACAUUGUUUGCUUAUGAAAAUAUCCUCAAUUUC